AAUUCCGUUGCACCAUUUGCCUCAAAAGAAUUUCCAUUCCACUAGUUACCCAAGAACCGCUGUCGUAGAAUCCGCGCGUGUCAAGACAAGCAAACACCAUUGCAAUUCACAGAGUGUAGCUGGAUGUCCAAGCAAAAAGACCAGCAGUAUAUAAAACGCCGUACUCUUCCCACAUGUUCUUCCGCCUCCACACUUCACAGGGCGCCAGCCAAGAGAGGGGCGGAGAAUCUUUCGCCCUGAAAAAGAGCAAAGUGUCAGCCCUUUCCCCCGGUUCCUAAGUUUUGGUACUACUCCAGUCUCCAGCUGCAUCAUCAUUCUCCCCAUUCCUUUCCCAACGGAACCAGCAGAGCUCGCAUCGCAAGCAACAAAAGAGAAGGACGAACCAGGCGCAGCAGCAGCAGCCGCCCGCCGCCACACGGACACGCAGCAGCAGAGCGUCGCCGCCGCGGUCCUGUCUGGAGCCAUGGGGGACGCCGCCGUAAACCACCCCGUUGUCGCGGCGGGAGGAGACGCUGGGCAAUCGAGCUUCCCCGCCGCCGCCGGCGGGUUCGUCGCCCUCGACGUCGGCGCGCUGUCGUCUCUGGCCGGCGACGCCGGCCUGCCGGGCACGCCCACCGCGCCGCCGCGGACACCCAAGGUGAUGAGGUCGCUGUCGAGGAAGGGCGACAGGAAGCCGCCCCCGCCCGACGCCGAUGCCAACGGCACCGCCGGUGGCGGUAGUGAGCGGCCGCAGCUGUUCGUGCACGUGGCGGCCGGCGACCUCGGGGACGCGCCCGGCAGCGCGCGGCUGGUCGUCCACACGCCGCUGGCCGGCACGCCCGGAAGCAAGUCCCGGCGGUUCGGCAGGCGCCCGGCGCCAUGGCUCGAUCCCCGGAGGGUCGUCUUCCUCUUCGCCACGCUGUCCAGCGUCGGAACGCUGAUCCUCCUCUACUUCACGCUGUCCAUGAGCAGAGCGGACUCCAGUAGUGGCGGCGGCGGCGCCAGCGACGCCCGGUGAGACGCCGGCCGUCGAAAGCGAAGGGGCAUUUUGCCUGAUCUGAGAAUUUUCGAACUUGCAGAGAAUGAGAAGAAUACCAUAGUCCAGCUAUAUGAAACAAAGGUGUGCUGCUGCGUGAGACUGAGAGGAUAAUCUCAUGGAUGAAUAUAGAGUGAACCAAAGACAGCGAAGGAAUCGAGCCGGAUGGGGAGUUUGAUGGAGAAGUUUGUGAUGGCAGACAUCCUUGUUUCUUCUUUUGUUCUCUCUUUUUUUUUUCUGAUUUUCUCAAAAAAGGGAUACAUGUCACUUUUACAGGGUAACAGAUAAUACUGGAUUUUUAUUCCCCCCUGAUGCUUAAAACACAAACAGACAAA